UCUCCAAAGGUGCAGCAGCCACAACAAUCCCGCAGUUACACAACUUGCAGCAACUCUGUCAGCCUGCUGCUAAUGAGCUGAAGGCCAGGAACAUUGGAGGAGGUGAAGAAGAAGCUUCCAGACCUCCUCCCUUCACCCUAGAAACCCAGGAUCCCCUACCUUCAGCCGCAGAUCGCGUCCCGAUCCAGUCCUGUUCUCUCACAGGACAAACACCAAUGGCUCCUUUUGGAAGAAACUUGCUAAAGACUCGGCAUAAAAACAGAUCUCCAACUAAAGACAUGGAAUCAGAAGAGAAGGAAAUCGUGGUUUGGGUUUGCCAAGAAGAGAAGAUUGUUUGUGGGUUAACUAAACGCACCACCUCCGCUGAUGUCAUCCAGGCUUUGCUGGAGGAACAUGAGACUACCUUGGGGGAAAAACGAUUUCUCCUGGGGAAGCCCAGUGAUUACUGCAUCGUAGAGAAGUGGAGAGGCUCUGAACGCGCCCUCCCUCCGCUGACGAGAAUCUUGAAGCUGUGGAAAGCUUGGGGCGAUGAGCAGCCGAAUAUGCAAUUUGUUCUGGUUAAAGCCGAUGCUUUCCUUCCAGUUCCUUUGUGGAGGACCGCUGAAACAAAAUUAGUCCAAAACACCGAAAAACCGUGGGAGCUCAGCCCAGCCACUUACAUGAAGACAUUACCACCAGACAAACAGAAAAGAAUCGUGAGAAAAACUUUCCGGAAGCUGGCUAAGAUUAAGCAGGACACGGCGUCUCACGAGCGCGAUCAUAUGGAGACAUUAGUUCAUCUGAUCAUUUCUCAGGACCACACCAUUCAUCAGCAAGUGCAGCGGAUGAAAGAGCUGGACCUGGAAAUUGAAAAGUGUGAAGCAAAAUUCCACCUCGACCGGGUAGAAAAUAAUGGGGAAAAUUAUGUGCAGGAUGCAUAUUUAAUGCCCAGUCUCAGUGAAGUUGAGCUGAAGCUCGAUCUGCAGUCAGAGGAAAACCAAAUUCUGGAGGACCUGAACGAAAGCGAUGACAUCGCACAGUUGGAAGAACGGCUGAAAUACUACAGAAUGCUCAUUGAUAAGCUCUCUGCAGAAAUAGAGAAAGAGGUCAAGAGUGUCUGCCUCGAAGUCAUGGAUGAUUCCGAAGGGGCAGCCGUCGGUGAAGUGGAAAGUUCUCAUCUAGAAAGUGUUAAGUGUGAUUUGGAGAAAAGUAUGAAAGCUGGUUUGAAAAUCCACUCUCACUUGAGUGGCAUCCAGAAGGAGAUUAAAUACAGUGACUCAUUGCUUCUGAUGAAAGCCAAGGAAUAUGAACUACUAGCCCAGGAGCUCAAUUCAUUUCACAUUAGCAACCAAGAUGGAUGCCAGUUAAAGGAAAACAGAGGGAAGGAAUCUGAAGUCCCCAUUAGCAGUGGAGAGGUCCUGCCCUUGACACAAAGGGUAUUUAACACGUAUAUAAACGACACAGAUUCAGACACUGGCAUCAGCUCUAACCACAGUCAAGACUCAGAAACAACAGUGGGGGAUGUGGUAUUAUUGUCCACCUAAUUCCAGUAGCCUUUCCCACCUCCAUUCAUGUUGCUCAUUUUUAUAUAAUAGGUAACUCAUGAUAAAGCUUGUAGUAGUUAAAUAAAAGCUAGUAAAAUCUGUUGAUUUCUGUUGUAAGAUUUCCAAUGUGGCUUUGAUUUUUCCAGGUCUUAGCAGUGAAUUGUUUUAUAGGAAUGUAGUAGAACUUGCUUAUCAUUACAUAACAGAAAUAAUUCAAUAGGGAUUAUUUGAUAAUCUUCCAUAGCUUCUGCUAGAAAGGAGAUAUGUAAACUUAAAAACAAUUCCAACAUUCUUUUUUAAAUAUUGAAGCUGC